UGGCAGCGCGCACGCUGGAGCGUGCCAAUUCCGAGCGGUUGAGAGCCGGCGCCCAGCGCCUCGGGUCGGGCCGAGAGGAUAAAAGGGGCGCGCUCCCCGCCGCGGCGAUCCCCGCGCGGUGCCUUCAGCGCCCCUGGCCCGCCGGCGAGCGGGCGAGCACCUGGGCGGCCACAGCGUCGGGCCGGGCCCACAGCCGAGCCCGAGCGGGCGCAGGCAGACGGGGCGCGCAGGCCUCUCGGGGACCCUCGGGUGCGCAGCUACCCAGCGCCGGGACCCUCUGGACGGCGGGCAUGGCGGCGGCGGCGGCCCGGCCGAGCCUGACCUCCAUCUCGUCGGGGGAGCUGCGCAGCCUGUGGACGUGCGACUGCGAGCUGGCCCUGCUGCCUCUGGCCCAGCUGCUGCGCCUGCUGCCGGGCGCCUUCCAGCUGCGCGGGGACCAGCUCGCUGUGCCGGGCCCCGGGGAGCCGGGGGCCGCGCGCGGGGGCUUCAACGUCUUCGGCGACGGCCUGGUACGCCUCGACGGACAGCUCUACCGCCUCAGCAGCUACAUCAAGAGAUAUGUGGAAUUGACCAACUACUGCGAUUAUAAAGACUACAGGGAAACUAUAUUGAGCAAACCAAUGCUGUUCUUUAUUAAUGUGCGGACCGAAAAAGACACCUUGAAAGAGAAGACAUACGCAUUUCUUGUGAACACAAGGCACCCCAAGAUAAGAAGACAGAUAGAGCAAGGGAUGGAUAUGGUGAUAUCCUCAGUGAUUGGAGAGAGCUACCGACUUCAGUUUGAUUUUCAAGAGGCAGUGAAGAAUUUUUUUCCUCCAGGAAAUGAAGUGGUUAAUGGAGAAAAUCUGAGCUUUGCCUAUGAAUUCAAAGCCGAUGCGCUGUUUGAUUUCUUCUACUGGUUUGGCUUCAGCAAUUCCACUGUAAAAGUGAACGGGAAAGUGCUGAAUUUGUCCAGUACAAGUCCAGAGAAGAAGGAGACCAUUAAAUUAUUUCUGGAAAAGAUGAGUGAACCUUUAAUUCGAAGGAGCAGUUUCUCUGACCGAAAGUUUAGUGUAACUUCCAGAGGUUCAAUAGAUGAUGUUUUUAACUGCAAUCUGUCACCCAGAUCAUCUCUCACGGAGCCUCUUUUGGCAGAAUUACCAUUUCCAAGUCUUCUCGAAGCUGAGGAGACACCCAACCAGUUUGUCUGAUUGAGUUUCACUUACACUGAAGAACUGGGCCAGGAUGGAAGGUGGAGGGGACAAAAAGACAUGGGGGCUGGUUCUCCCAUCUGCUGGUCAAUCUCUUCUCUAUUCUCCUUGGCUCUAUGGCGGGUCCAUGAGUGUGAUGUCCAAUGCAGUUGACUCUUGAAUUGUGUGGUGACCAGGAAGGAGGGUCUUUGGUCCAUGGCCUGUGACGGUGUCCUGGUCUUUCAACCCUUCCCCAAAGAAACAGAGGAGCAGCACAGUCCUGUCACCUGGAUAUUUUGCUUAGUGUCCUGGUAUCUUGGGAAUUUUCUGGGCAAUCUUUGUGGGGGUAGUCUGACUUGAGGGUGGACCCAUGGGUUUGGCCUUCUGCUUGUGAAUUCUUGUCUGAGCCCAAAUCCAGGAAGCGUGGGGUCAGCACUGCUGGUCUCUUGUCAACCUGGCUGGGCAAGAAGCCGUUGACCUCUUUCGUUGGGAGGCGAGUAUGCUUUUCAUCCUGCCUAUAGGAAGGCCUUAUGGGAAGCAGUCACGGUAAGGGCCACUGGAGGGUUGCCAGGCUGAUAGGAUGGUAACAGUGCCACCGCCUGUCUGAAAUUUGAGCUCUCCUGGCCUCUCUCUCAACAAAGUGGCCCAUGUACAAUGAGGCCAGGUGAUAAGGUACCAAACAAUGACAGGGGAAGGAUAACGGAUAUUCAGUGUUCUCCUUGCUAAAAACACAUUAUGUCAGUUGGGUAUUUCAGAUGAGCUCUUAGGAAUCAUAAUACUAAAAGCAAAAGGGAGGGAAGUUACCGCAUUACCGUAAUACAUUGUUACAUCAAUACAUUUUUCACCUCAUAGCUACAAUGGAAUUCUUCAAAAGGGAAGGAAAAUCCUGUCUACAUAUAAAAACCUGCAUGAAUGAAUCACUACAUACGCUUAUUAAUGAGGAAGACUUAUGGGUCCUGAGCAUAUUUUUCUAUCCCUUUUUAAAAAGUAUCCCUGUAUUAUGCAUUUCGAUAACACUACUCAUUGUCCCUUCGUUUAUAUUUGAGACAUCAUGUACUACUUUGUACAAUUAGAACUUUUCUUAGUGUUCAACACAGAAUUGAUUAAAGUUGCCACCGAGUGUGCGUGCCUCCUUUCCA